CUGAUGGGAGUUCAUGUUUGGCCCGUAAUAAAUUUAAACUAGACGGAGAUUACGUCACCAGAUAUGAUCAAACAUGGCAACGUAGACUUCCCGUACCAUUCUAUUCAACGUAAUAGCGGGAAAGAGACGUUUCUCAGAGGCAUUGACCGAGUAAACUGACGAGCAAGUGUGUCUAAAUAGUUCUAAAAUAUCCUGCCUCUGCAUACUUUGUUGCUGUGUUUUUUUUUUUUUACUAUAACGACUUAUUUCGAGCAUAGUAGCUAACCGACGACGGUGCCUGUUUGUUCGCCAGGGAACGAUAGACAAAAGUUAGCGAAUAAAAUGAAGCCGAAACGCAUCCAGAGACAUACAAGACCCAAAUGGCAAGGGAAAUUGCUCAGCACCGGUGAGAGGGCCAUGCUGAGUGAAGCUAAGCCAACAUGUGUGAGCGCUGCUGCUCAGGUCAAACCUUUUGCUGGCAAAGUGUUUUACCUGGAUCUGCCGUCCAACAGGAUAGCGGACGCAUUGGAGAGCGACAUCGAAUACCUGGGAGGGAUUGUUGAGAAGUUCUUCAGUAAGGAAAUUGAAUAUCUGGUAUCCAACAAGAGGGAGGCUCGAUAUGUGCAUUGCAUUAAGCAGGAUUCUCCUGUUCUCGGCCCGGACUUUGGCCCAAGUUCACCUCAGCCUCGCUCGAACCAGGACAAAAGUAAAAGCAAGUCUCAAGUCCAAACCGACAUAUUUGUUCCAAGUCGAGGGAAGACUUUGGUGGACAAAGUUGUGAAAGAGCAGGAGAGGGUGAAAAUGAACAAGAUCCUGUCAAAUGCUCUGGAGUGGGGUGUGAAAAUACUCUACAUAGACGAUGUCAUCACAUAUGUUAAGAAGAAAAAAAAGAUUUCCAGCAGCCAGUGUCCUGCUACUAAUGCAGUCAAAACCAGUGUCAAAGCUGAGUCAGCAGCAAAGCAAGGCUUCAAGAAGUCCAAAGGGGGCCGGAUCCGUAAACCUUUCGUCAAGGUGGAGGAUUCAAGCCGACACUACCGGCCAAUCUACCUCACCAUGCCGCACAUCCCCGAGUUCAACCUGAAGACUCUUCCUCCCCACAGUCCCUUCUGUGUGGAGGACAAGGCUCCUCCUGGAAACAAACAGCCGGGACGCCGAGGUGCAAAGGUCUCAGCCAGUGAAGAGCUGGCCAACGGCCGGAAGAAGAGUAAAGACAAGAAACGAAGCGGCUACUGCGAAUGCUGUGUGAUCAAAUACGAGAACGUGACAACGCACAUAAAGAGUGACCGUCACAAGGCUUUCUCCAGGAGUGAUGAAUACUUGGUGUUGGACAAACUGGUCUCAACUCUGCACUUUGACUUCCUCGUCAAAACAAAAGUGAAAAGACCAAAAUGCAGUGUUUCUUCUGUUCUGAUUGCUCCUGGACCAAGUGGGAAACCCGUGCAAAGACAUGAAGAAGCUACCGAUAAAAAAGAGAAUUUUAAAGAAGAAGAGCAGCCUCGGACGGUCGAGGGUCACGGGGGAUCUUACUCGGCACACACUUUGAACAUCACAUCGGUGGCUGGUUCCUCUCCUCUGAUUUCCACUGAGGGGAGAACCUAUUGCACGCGCUCGCAGGGAGACAAGCGCAAGUCGGUGGCACGUAAACGCCCGUGCAGGCCGAAUUCUUUGACUUCUUGCUCUCAAUCAGCUGCUCAGGUUCCUGAGCCCAGGAAGGAAACAGCCCCUAGAAGGGAAUGUCUUGCCUCCAUUCCCCCUGGAGGUACUCAGUUGACACAAGCAACAACUCAAGAAGAGAAAGGCUCAACCUCCCGCUUUGAUACUAUGAACAGUCGGAAUGAAGCUUCCCUAAAAGGCCUUAAUGUCAUAGCAAGUCAUGAGGAUAAGAAGGAGGAUUCCUCCGCGUGCGAGGCUGUUCAGGACUGGAAGGUAUCGUUUGACAAAACCAGAGAAGAAGAAAGUCUUCCUUCACUCAGCUUCUCCCCCGUCCGUAAAAUACAGAGGAGGGUGAGAGUCUAUAGGCGGAAGACACGGAAAGUGGACACGUGUGACGAAUCCGUAAAGCCGGCUGACGUUCCCGACAGCUCCGUGCUGAAACUCUGGGAGCUUUUUCAGUCGUCCGAUGACAUGGUUGGUGAAUUUAUGGGGUUUGAGCACUAGUGAGUGAGGAGUGAACUGGACUAUUGCUGCCAUGCACAAUACUUGAGACCAACAGACUACGAGCCUCUAGAUUUCCCUCGAUGGGGUGAACUGAAUUUGGUUUCAUGAGAUGAAGGGCGGAUGUGAGUGUGUUAUUUAGCGUUGUGUAGUACCUCCCACCUGAAAGAGGCAAACCACCAUACUCUGGAGUUUUGUCCAAUUUCAGAAGUAUUUGAAACUAUAAUAUUCCCAUAAGUGAAAAAGAAAAAUGUAUUGACACCAUCAUCAAGUUACAACCCUUUAAAAAAACACUUUGUGGUAAAAGUUUAAAUUAAAUUUGAUAUAUUUUAAAAAUCCUUGUGAUUGUAUAUGACGGGAAAAACCCAUCAAUUGAAUCCCGUUGAAAGUUUUCUAUUUUGUGAAGAUUCUUUUUUUUUUUU